AUGGCAUCAGUAAAUAGACAAAAGAAUCCAACUGUUCAUCUUGCAGCAGGUGGAGUGUCUGGUCUAGUUUCAUGCGUCUUGCUUCAACCACUUGAUUUAGUAUUUCGAUCUCUUGCAAACAUUACACUUUUUACUACUCUCAACGAUGUUGUAAAAAAAGAUGGUGUAAGCGGGUUAUGGCGAGGAACUCUACCCACCAUACUACGUAAUGUGCCAGGCAGCGCAUUGUAUUUCCUGUCUGUUCAUAGUUUACGCAGUACAAUGGAACGGUUGGGUGUGACAAAAAACACUUCAAAUCUGAUAGCUGGUGCUGCGUCUCGUGUUGUGAUUGGGUUUGCUGCAAUGCCUAUUACUGUAGUCAAGAUCAGAUACGAAAGUAAUUUAUACACAUACAAGAGUCUGUGGAAUUCAAUGUCAUCAAUAUGGAGGACGGAGGGUAUUCCAGGAUUUUUUCGAGGAUUUGGAGCUACUAUCCUUCGUGAUGCUCCUUAUGCGGGCAUCUAUGUCUUUUUUUAUGAAAACUUCAAGCUAAUACUGGGAGAUCUAAUCUCACUCGAAUAUAUGCUUGAUACUUUUCUACUUGUAGGAGCAAUCAAUUCUCCAGUAGCAAUUAAUCUAGGAGCGGGUAUGCUGAGUGGCUUCUCAGCAACUCUGCUCACUCAGCCGUUUGACAUGAUGAAAACACGCAUGCAACUCAAGCCUUUAGAGUAUCCUUCACUCCUUCAAAGCUUUGCAAAGAUCUCUGCAGCAGAAGGUAUGACUGGGUUUUUUAGUGGUAUUGUUCCUAGAUUGAUACGCAAAUCACUAGGAUCAGCUAUUUCUUGGACACUGUAUGAAGAAGUUGUAAGACAGUUGAGUUGA